AUGCCCUAUGUAGAAACUAGACUAGGCCUACUUUCUCAUAUAUUUUCAUUAGUAUCCGUUUAUUACGGCAAUUUCAAACAUGAUACAGAUAAAUUAUGGAAACGUUAUGAAAAAACAAAACAUUCAUUUACGAACAAACUGUGUGGUGAACGGCAAUAUCCAAGAUUUCUAAUGAUUGAAAGAAUAAUAUUACAAUGUAAGCAAUGGUCAUUGAAUCAUUUUCAAAUAUUAAGUGAAAUCGAUAAACAAAUCGUUUUAAAAUUAUUUGAAUUAUCUAUUAAUCGAUAUGGUGAAGUUCGGAGUAAUGCUCAAGGUUAUUUAUUUUCCAUGUUAAAACGAUAUUUAUUUUCCUAUCAAGUUAUUCUUGAUCGUAUACUCGAACUAUUAAAAUCAACGGAAGAAACCGAUCAUGACACAAUAAAAGGUUGUUUGUACGUAUUACUUGGAAAUAGUUCGUUUUUUAUGCCAACAAAGCAUUCAUGGCCAAUGAUUGAGAAGUUAUGGCCAUCAUUAGCACAAGUCACAGUUAAAAAACCUACAACACAACGUCUUAUUGAUUGCAUCCUCGAAACAAUUGGUGGCCUCUAUGAUACACAAGCAAUAAUAGAAGACACAAAUGAAGAAAGUACAAAAGCAGCAGAAAAAAUUUGGCGUCCAAUGUUCCGAGAAGAAUUAAAACGGCGAGAUGAAAUACGUCAAGAACGAAAUGACAGUAAUAUUAGAGCAUAUACAAAUCUGAUGGAAAAUUUAAGCUCAUUAUUAGCCGGAGAUCAACUUACUUGGCGACAACAAGAAAUGGCCAUGUCGUUCAUGGAGAUAUUACUUCAACGUCGUGUACCAUUGCCGUUAUCGUGUGUAAAAAUAAUGAUCGAUUUACUUGUUCAUGAUAAUGUGGAAUUAAGAAAAAUAGCAGAAGAAAGUGUGACCGCCUUGUGUCGUUUGCAAAAACCACCUCGUACCUAUGUUGAAAAACCCAUUGAAGCCAUUAUAAACAUGAAACCAAAUGGAAUUCAUCCUGGUGAUCGUGACGAUAAUUUAUGGGUAACUUAUAAUAAUUAUCAACCUAAAAGUCAACAAGAAUGGGAAAAUAUGUGUUUUCUUGAUAAAGCAUUUUGGGGUUAUUAUUCCUGGCCAAAAUUAAUUAAAUAUCCAGUUAAUCAACGUGAACGUUAUAAGAAAACGAAUUUACCGAAACAUGUAUCAAUAUUAUACGAACGUUUUUCCGAUAAAAAUUUUAUAAAACAAUUUAUACACUUUAUGGUUUUAGAUGAAGAUGAAGGACAAGUCAAUUUCGACAUAAGACGAUUUCAAAUGUUUAAAGGCAUAUUUCGAAAUUUUGGCUUGGAAUUUGUUGAUAAUUUUUUUGAAUGUCUGUAUGCAUUGAUUCAUAAUAACGAUAAAACGAAACAAGAAGGCAGUCAUCGUGUAGCAGCAGAAAUUACUGCUGGAAUAAUACGUGGCUCAAAAUAUUGGACAGUGAAUAUGCUUGAUGAACUUUGGAACAAAUUGACACCAUUUUUAAAUGAAGUGUUUUCAAAUUUAUCACCAGAAACAUUGACAUAUUGGGGAACUUGUUUUAAAUUAGGCAUGGAAGAUGAAGAUCCCCGUCGAAUGUACAAACCAAUUGAGUAUAUUCUUUCAUUAACUACUGAACAAACAUUAGCAAAUACAUUUAAUGAAACAUCACGUUGGUAUUUAACACAGACAAUAUCCAAUUUUGAAUGGCGAGUACCAACAGUUUGGACAACAAUCAAUAAACACGCUACAGAAUUACUUGAUCAUCCAUUUAAAGCAGUUCGUGAACGUAUUGCAAAAACAAUAUCAACAUCAAUUACUUUUGACAUCACGCUACCAAAUGGUCAAUCAACGAGACAUCCAGAUGUGAAUAAAUUUAUUGAUUCACUAAGAGAAAGGCUCGAACAAGCCAUUGAAAUCUAUGAAAGAACACCAUUAGCAAACGUAACCGGACAAGUUGUGGAAAUUGAUUUUGAGGCAAGAAAGGCUUUAAAUUUUAUUGAGACUGCAAUUCAACUAUUAACGCACAUGUUUAGUAGAUCUUUACAACCAGUGAAAGAGAGUAUUAUUCGAAUAUUUCCAUUGGUAUGA